UGUAGCCGACAUCAUUGCCGAACGGUGGAACCCAGCAUUGAUACGAUCGUAACCCAUCCAGCGUGACCCUUGAGAGACAAUUAGGGGAAGGGCCAGGGGAGGUGUGUGCCCGUUGCCACAUUGCAUGCAUUGCUGGGAGUUCGGUUUGGCUAGCUGCUGAUGGCCGCCGCGGCGGAGGAGGCCGCGCUGCCGCUGCUGCAGGCGGGAGAGGACCAUGGCCAGAAGGGGGCGUCGUGGUGGUGGAGGCAGUGGAUGCGCGAGGCUGGGCGGGUGGGCUACCUGGCGCUGCCGAUGCUGGUGGCGAGCCUGUCGCGGUACGCCGUGCAGGUGUCAUCCAACAUGAUGGUGGGCCACCUCCCGGGCGUGCUCCCGCUCUCCUCCGCCGCCAUCGCCACCUCCCUCGCCACCGUCUCCGGAUUCAGUCUCCUCAUCGGAAUGGCAAGCGCUCUGGAAACUCUAUGUGGCCAAGCUUAUGGGGCAAAACAGUACCAUAAACUAGGAGUGCACACCUACAGAGCAGUAUUCACCCUCCUUAUAGUCUGUAUCCCGCUCUCACUGCUCUGGGUGUUCAUGGGUGAAAUCCUGGUCCUCCUAGGGCAGGACCCCCUGAUCGCCCAAGGAGCCGGGAGAUACAUAGUCUGGUUGAUCCCGGGGCUCUUUGCAAACGCGGUGAUCCAACCGAUCACCAGGUUCCUUCAGACCCAGAGCCUGAUAUUCCCCCUGCUCCUGUCAUCCGUCGCAACGAUGGCAAUCCACAUCCCUCUCUGCUAUAUGAUGGUGUUCAAGACUGGAUUUGGGUACACCGGAGCUGCUUUUUCGAUAAGUAUAUCGUAUUGGCUGAAUUUGUGCAUGCUCGUGGCGUACAUCAUGUUGUCGAGUUCUUGCAAGGAGACACGCACGCCUCCGACGAUUGAGGCCUUCAAGGGGGUGGAUGACUUCCUGCGUUUAGCUCUGCCCUCUGCAUUUAUGAUGUGUCUUGAAUGGUGGUCAUUUGAGCUCCUUAUUCUUAUGUCAGGGCUUCUACCCAACCCAGAGCUUCAAACAUCAGUGCUUUCAAUCUGUCUCACAAGUAUAACAUUACUCUACGCUAUACCUUUUGGAAUUGGAGCUGCUGGAAGCACACGAGUAGCGAAUGAACUGGGUGCCGGGAACCCUGAAGGAGCUCGAUCGGCAGUCCGCGUUGUUAUGUCCAUGGCGGUGAUGGAUGCGGUUAUAGUGGGCGGAGCUCUUUUAGGGGCACAGCGCCUAGUGGGCCGUGCGUACAGCAGCGAGAAGGAGGUCAUAUCUUUCGUCGCGACCAUGGUUCCUUUGGUCUGCGUCACCGUGGCAACUGACGCUCUACAAGGAGUUCUGGCAGGCGUUGCCCGAGGAUGCGGGUGGCAGCAACUGGGCGCGUACGUGAACCUCGGAUCGUUCUAUCUGCUCGGGAUCCCAAUGGCGAUCCUCCUCGGCUUCCUGCUGAACAUGGGAGCGAGAGGGCUCUGGAUGGGCGUCGUCUGCGGCUCCGUAACGCAGACCACGCUCAUGUCCGCCAUCACGUUCUUCACCGACUGGCCAAAGAUGGCUGAGAAGGCCAGGGAGAGGUUGUUCAGCGAGCCAGGGUCCAGAUGCCUACUGGAGUAGCCGUGGUUCAAGACUACCGGUCCGAUUUUGCGGGGAGGCAUCUGUUAUGUGAAAAAAAAAAGAUCAACCUAGAAAGAACUAGCGGCUUUAUAUCUGUUGUAUCACACCGUAUCUCAUUUUCUUUCAUGUUACAACUAUGGU